AUGAAGAUCCAUUCUCCGUCAUUAAUCCUUCUCCUCCUUCCCGCGCUGUCAACCGCCGCAACCAACAGCAAAUCGAUCAGUGAGCCAUCUGCUCCCGCUUCGCGUGGAGCCUCAACUCUUGAUACCCGAUAUAUCGAUGCAGACUCGGUUGCAUCCACCAAUGCUAUUCAUGGGUCACCGGACGUCCCCGUGGACGGCAAGGAUGGCAGACCUCAUGCCGGUCCGUGGGUAGAAACUAGCGCUGAGAGAGACCGCAAAAGUAGCAAGGGGAGCGAUGAUGUAGAUCUGGUAUCAACAAAAUAUGAUUCCAAGAUUCCAUCUUCGGACCACAUCAGCACGGAGGAAGGCAAGAUGAUCCCACAUUCCAAUGGUGGCGUGAUGGACGACCCGCACCGUUCGGGUCCUCAAGAAGGUACACGUGGUACUGAGGGAGGCGUGUCGGAGAAGGGGAAAGAGAAUCUUUAUAAUGCCGCCAAGGUCCCUGGAAGCCCCAAGGAGGCGCUGCCGUUGCCACCUAGCGAGAAGCAGAAGUUGCCUUCGGACAGCGAAGAGGCCAGCGGUAGCCGGGCUGCAGAGGGCGCAGGAUCGCUCGGCAUGCUGGAGAAACCCGCCGACUUAACGGAGAAGCCGCACGAUAUCCCUCACCCCAAAUCCCCUUCCCAGGCCAAGGACGAUCCUCUGUCUAUCCAACAUGGCUCCGCCGGCUCAAGCUCAUACCCCGGCUCCUCAUCCACCGAGGCCGCAGGUACUCCCCAGGAGAGCGAUGGGCUGCACUCUCUGAUGUUCUCUUUCACCAUGAUCCUUGUAUCUGAGAUCGGCGACAAGACCUUCCUCGUCGCCGCACUCAUGGCAAUGCGCCACCCCCGUCUGGUGGUCUUCUCAUCGGCAUUCUGCGCCCUGGCCACCAUGACCGUCCUCUCUGCUGUUCUCGGUCACGCCGUUCCUACCCUGAUCCCCAAGACCCUCACCAAGUUUAUGGCCGCGAUCCUGUUUCUGAUCUUCGGUGCGAAAAUGUUCAAGGAAGGCCGCGAGAUGGACCCAGAUGAGGGCGUUGGCGAGGAAAUGCGUGAGGUUGAAAUGGAACUUGAAGAGAAAGAGCAGGAACAGAUGCGCAUGGGUCGCCGUCGCUCAUCCGUCACUCCCCACUCCCUGGAAGCUGGCCGUGUUCCCAAGUCGCGUGGUUCCCGUAACCGUCUGCCCUCACCCCCGGAGAGCAUUUCCUCUUCUUCCUCCCGUGGCUCGUCUCCUCGCCCCCAACGUCGCUGGAACGAUUUCCUGGUCGGAGUGAGCAACCUUUUCUCUCUUCUUCUUAGCCCAGCCUGGGUACAGACAUUCGUCAUGACUUUCCUCGGCGAGUGGGGCGACCGCAGCCAGAUCGCCACCAUCGCCAUGGCCGCUGGCCAGGAUUACUGGUGGGUCACUAUUGGAGCGACCGCUGGCCACGGAAUCUGCACUGCUGCCGCCGUCAUUGGUGGACGUGCGAUUGCUGGAAAGGUCAGCAUGCGUGUUGUGACUUUGGGUGGAGCUGCUGCUUUCCUCGUUUUUGGCAUUAUCUACCUCAUAGAGGCGUUGUACUAA